UGCUGAACUGCUGAAAAGAUGUUCCACCUUCUUCCGGCCCUCGUGUCGCCCUUGCUAAUCCUGCAGGGCCAAAGUUUUCAUGUCUUGGUCCUGCAAUGGACUCUGCUGAUCAUCUCCCACAAGACGUUCUGACGCUAACCAACGUGUGCAAAGAUCGGAGCUUACGCGAAAAACCGCUGGACCCUCUUCCACCGUAAUUUCCAGUCGAGUGUGGGACGUAACAAAAUGUGCCACGUUGAUCGGUUUUGUCCGACGAGGACUAGACCCGUACGGUGCUCAUGAUGUACUUGUUGCACCUGCCGUGAUCAAGGGCAAGUGGCCUGCUGACAUAAUACUGGCUGGCUGAAUUCCGUGUGCAUGGCAUAUCACCCAAGACACAGUUGAUCUCGCAAGCUUCAAGUGCACUAGGGCAAGUCGAGGUGCGACUGCUCCCACCAGUCUGGGCACCUGCAGCUUCACUUCGAGCAGCAAAUCUGGAAUGAAGCACAAUGGGCUCUAUCCAGGAUUCGUCACAUAAUGACUAUUGUCCAAAAGAUGCAUGGCUCAAUGGAGGACCCAACGACGGGCCUGGUCACGACCAUUGCCUCGGAUUCAAGGUCGUUGGGCUUGCAUCCAAUGAGACCACCACUCCGACAGGCAUGAAGGACGAGAUCAUACUCUUAUCCUGGCUCCUCGUGCUUAGCCGCACUCAGGAUCGCGAUCAGGUCUCUUUCGAAUGGACUUAUAGGAGCCCAACAAAUGGUGUUCUACCUGGACUACCACAGACGCAGUUGUCAAGGAGUGAAAUUGCAGCAGAACCAUCAAGAAAUGUUGGGCAGAUUGCUGCAGCUAUCUCCCAAUCCCUCCCCAAGGUCACGGCAACACACGAAGCAGAUGUUUCCAGUCCCGUAUCACUCCUCCUGAGCACGGGUCCCCUAACACGGACUUUAGGCGAAGCAAGAGAUGAAGGAGUACUGCACCUCGAGUUGUCUUUUCAGGAUGGCCAUCUCGUGGUUCGUCCUGUGUGGUACACAGAUAAUAUGCUUCAGUAUACAGUGACAAGGCAUAUUGAGACACUAGUCGACACUAUCAGGCUGACCAUCGCAAGACCGGGCGCGACCAUCGAGGAUUGCAUUCAGCCGACCACACAUGAUCUGGAUAAGAUCUGGGAGUGGAAUCAACAACUCCCUCCUUUCCAUGGUUUCUGCAUGCACGAACUAAUCUCCAAACGAGCUCGACAAUGUCCAGAUAAGGUCGCAAUCUCUUCAUGGGACGGUGACCUGACGUACGCAUAUAUCGAACAGUAUUCCAUGAUCUUGGCACACGCACUCAUAGAGACAGGUGUCCGACUACAUGACGUCCUGCCGGUUUGUUUUGAGAAAUCAAGAUGGACGAUCGUCGCGAUGCUGGCGGUGAUGAGGGUGGGAGCAACAUUUGUGCUCCUUGACCCAACCCUUCCGCUUGCCCGCCUGCAGAACAUCGCGUCUCAGGUGGGCGCAAAAACGAUGUUAUCGUCGCGGCUACAACACGACCUAUCAAUGUCGAUCCUGCCUGGGGCCAAGCAUGUCGUCGUAGAAGAAGACACGUUCAACGACCUCACAAUACUGCAAGAUGGUCAAAAGUUACUACCGGUUCCAUCAUCAGCUCUUAUGUACAUUAUCUUUACGUCUGGAAGCACGGGCGUCCCUAAAGGAGUUAUGAUCUCUCACGAAACCUACACAAGUAGUGCCAUCCCUCGAGCGGAGGCGGUUGGCUAUACAGAGCAGUCCAGAGUCCUCGAUUUUGCGUCGUACGCUUUCGACGUCAGCAUCGAUAGCAUGCUUUGUACUCUUGCACAAGGCGGUUGCCUCUGCAUACCUUCCGACGAGGAUCGAAUGAAUGACAUUAAUGGGGUGAUGCGAAGGAUGCAGGUCAACUACGCAGGCCUUACUCCUUCAGUGGCGCGGAUUUUGGAUGCUCCCGUUAUUGCAUCACUCAGCAUGCUGGGUCUUGGAGGAGAAGCAGUCACGGCGAGAGACGUAACAUGCUGGGGUCGAGAUACCAGGAUCGUCAUCGGCUACGGACCCUGCGAAUGCACGAUCGGAUGUACGGUGAACAGCAGCGCUGCUACUGGCAGAGACUACAUCUCCAUUGGGAAAGGGACAGGAGCGGCGAUGUGGAUCGUCGACCCCGAUGAUCACGAAAACUUGAUGCCAGUCGGUGCUGUGGGUGAACUGCUUGUCGAGGGACCAAUUGUUGGACAAGGCUAUCUCAACGACCCUGCCAAAACCGCAGCUGCUUUCAUCGAAGAUCCGUCCUGGCUCAAAGCCGGUCACAAAACGUAUGGUGGACGUACAGGGCGUCUGUACAAAACCGGCGAUUUGGGUAGAUAUGAUCCUGACGGCUCAGGAGGAAUCGUCUUUGUUGGACGCAAAGACACCCAAGUCAAGCUACGUGGACAGCGUGUUGAACUUGGCGAGAUCGAGUAUCAGCUCAAGGUCCUCUUGCCUCCUGCAACCAGUGUCGUUGCAGAGGUGGUAGUACCCUCCGGCUCUGGAGGUCAGCCUACUUUGGUAGCAUUUAUCGCCUCUCGGUCACCACACCAACAAGGAAGCCCUGAUAUGCAAUUAGUACAGCCUGAUAGCGAGCUUCAGGGUGUCCUGUCACGGGCCGAUGCAGACCUAGCAAAAGUCCUGCCCAGGUACAUGGUGCCAAGCGCAUAUGUACCAAUCAACCACAUACCUGUGUUAAUAUCAGGCAAGACUGAUCGCAAACAACUCAGACAGUUUGCCUCUACUAUUGACUUGCGGCAGCUUGACCACGAUGCAGGUAGUGGGACCGCUCGUGAACUAGGUGACCUCGGACAACGCUUGCGGGUGGCAUGGAGUCAGACUUUGAGACUUGAUGUUGAUAAUAUCCUGCCGGAUGACAGUUUCUUUGCACUAGGUGGCGACUCUUUGAUGGCGAUGAGACUUGUGUCCGUCUGUAGAGAUCAGGGCCUCGACCUCACCGUCACUGACGCAUUUCUUCACCCAAAACUCUCGGCGAUGGCUGAAGUUGUCCGGUCGUGUAAAUCACAAGCACCGACGGAAACGCCAGCUUUCUCUAUGGUCCCACGAACUAUCGAAAGUGCCUGUCUCGAGGCUGCAGAGAUUUGUGGAACAGAUUGCAAGGCCGUCGAAGACAUAUAUCCUUGCACACCUACGCAGGAGGGGCUGUUCACCUUCUCACUGAAGUCAGCUACGCCGUACAUUGCUCAGAGGGUCGCCUGCAUUCCGGCAGAUGUUGGUGUGGCUACUUGGAGGAAAGCAUGGGAGGAAGUUGUAGCAGCGAGCCCGAUCCUACGCACUCGUCUUGUUCAAUCAGGCUCUAGGCUUUGGCAAGUCGUAUUGAAAGAAAACAUCACCUGGAGGAAAUCCACUGACUUGAAACAAUACCUCGAAAAAGACAAGAAUGAGAAGAUGGACCUUGGGCAGAGACUAGCUCGGUAUGCCAUUGUCACCUGUCCAGGUGAUUGCAAACGCUACAUGGUCUGGACCAUCCACCACGUAGUCUACGAUGGGUGGUCGGAGCCCCUGAUACUCGAAAAGGUCGCGAACGCCUUGGAAGGUCAGCACAUUAACCCAGGGACACAAAUGAGGCAUCUCGUCAGAUAUUUGCGUGAGAUCGACGAGACUUCCAUCCAACAAUUCUGGAAACGAGAGCUCGAAGGUGCUGUCGGCCCUCAAUUCCCGCACACACCGUCUCGGGACUACCUGCCAACAGCCGAUGCAAUAAUUGACCAUCAAGUGCACAUCGACUCAAGCGCCCGGUCGCCCUUCACCCUAGCAACCCUGAUUCGUGGUGCAUGGGCUCUCGUUGCAUCACAGUACACGGCAAGCGACGAUGUCGUGCUGAUUGAGACACUCACAGGACGAGACAUUCCAUUAGCAGGAAUCGAAGCCAUCGAAGGCCCAUUGAUUGCAACAAUGCCAAUCCGAAUACGUAUCGACCGCAAGCGCACCGUGGAAUCGUAUCUACAAACCAUCCAACAAGACAUGUUGACUCGCAUACCUUAUCAGCAUUAUGGAGUUCAGAACAUCAGAAAAGUCAGCAGUGACGCUCAACGUGCCAUCGAGGCUCGCACAGGCUUAGUCAUCCAGCCAGAACCAGAAUACACUGGGGGCGAACUCGGCUUCGACCAAGGAGACGUCGUACGUGAAGCACUACAUUUCAAUCCGUACCCGCUGAUGCUCGGCUGUGGUAGUCGUAAAGAUGGUUUCAGGAUCUGCGCAAGUUUCGACAGCAGUGUGAUCAGUACCGCGCAAAUGAAAAGAGUUCUUGGUCAGCUCGAAGCCGCUUGUGUGCAAUUGACGAAUUAUCCCUCGAGACAGCUCCACGAGAUAAGUUUUCUACCCGACGCGGAGCUGGAUCAGAUCUGGCAAUGGAACCAAACAGCACCAUUGUCUUUCCAGGAGCCUUCCAAAAGACUUCGAGCGGGCGAUCAGGUUGAGCCAGGAUUCACAUAUCCUCGAGCAGUGAUCCCUUGGGUCUGUAAUCCUCAUGAUUCAGCCCUGCUAUCGCCUAUCGGCUGUGUGGGCGAGCUCUGGCUCGAGGGGGAUGUUCUUGUAGGCGAGACUGGUGUAGCUCCAGCCUGGCUCGUGGCUGGAUGUUCCAGCUAUGUUGGCCGAAGAGGAAAGGUGCAGCCUACAAUCGAUCUGGUUCGAUUACAAGAAGAUGGCAGCUUGAAAUUCGUUGGCCGAAAGGAGGAUUUUGCUCCUGUCCACGGGCAUGCAGUGAACAUCGCAGAGGUCGAAGCCCAUUUCAGGGCGCAUGUCCCGCCAGGACUUCGUGCCGCUGCAGCUGUACUCCAGUCUGGCUCGCAAGCAGGUCAGCAACAAUCAGAGCCGAUGCUGGUUGCCUUCAUAGAGCAGCAGUCCUUGCUGGAAGAUGGUAUUGACCUCAUGCCCAAGAGCUACGACAUCAUUUCCAAUCAUUCAAUCCCGCAAAAAUGUCAGACGACGAUCUGUGCAAAGAUCUCUCUCAGCCUUGCCACAGCACUUAAAGACCUCAACAGAGCCCUUCAAGACAGUCUCCCACCAUAUAUGGUCCCUUUUGCGUAUGUUGUGGUUGACGAGCUCCCCUCCACGGCCAAACAAAUCGACCACGACUCACUGAAUCAACUAGCCUCCAGGAUUCCUCGGGACGUGCUUAUCCAACUUCGAGAAAACCUGGAGGCUAUAUGGGCGAGAGUCUCAGCAAAAACGGAUCUGACAAAAACCGAGCGAAUACUGCGGUCAUCGUGGGCGAAGAUACUCAAGACUACUCCGGAGAAGGUUGACCUUGACGACAACUUCUUCCGACUCGGUGGCGACUCCGUCCUGGCAAUGAAAUUGGUGUCGGAUCUUCGUCUGCAAGGGCACGUGCUGACAGUAGCGGAUGUGUUCCAGAACAUGCGUCUCCGUGAUGCCGCCAAGGUAUUGAGACUUGACCAAGUGUCGGACCAGAGGGCUCAGCCUUACAAGCCUUUUUCGACGCUUGCUCUUCCCGAAACAGAAACGUUCCUUUCCACAGUUGUCCUUCCAAGGUUGGGUCGACCCGAAUGGACUAUUCAAGACGUUCUUCCUGUGACAGAUUCCCAAGCACUGGAUGUCACGGCCACCAUUCAAGAACCCCGAACUUCUGUACAAUACACCAUGUUGUACUUCGAGAAAAACAUCGACUCAGAGCGGUUGCUUCGCGCCUGCAAUGAGCUUGUCAGGUCGCACGACAUCCUGCGCACCGUUUUCAUCGAGCACGAAUCUUCAUUCAUUCAAGUUGUCGUGGAUGCACUGCAUUCUCCUGUGGUCAUGAAACAGGCUGACGCAGGAAUCGAACAAUAUGUUGCCGAGCUAUGCACAACGGACAUAGAAUCGAGUUUCCACCUGGGCUCGUCUUUCCUCAAAAUGUUCUACGUCGUAGGUAAAGAUGAUCGAAACUGCCUGAUUGUACGCUUGUCCCAUGCUCAAUACGACGGUGUCUCUCUGCCUGCGCUGCUCCGGGAUCUCAGUACCUUGUACACUGGAGGCAACAUUGUCACUUCUGAGCCAUUUUCCUCGUACAUGGCACGCAUUAGUAACGUCCACAUUCAGAAGGAAGCUAUCAAGUAUUGGCGCGAGCUCCUAGGCAACUCAUCAUUGUCGAUUCAUGAAGAAGGCUCAGGAGACCCCGGGGACAAGUCCAUGUUCGAGACAAAACCAGUCGAUAUCUCUCAGCGGCCCAAAGAGAUCACCACAGCGAGCUUAUUGCUUGCAGCCUGGGCACUUGUGUUGGCGCGCCGUCUCCAAACCCCAGAUGUGACAUUUGGCAGCGUCACCUCAGGCCGCCUCAUUGAUCUCGCAAACGUAGAAAAUGUCCAAGGCCCAUGUUACCAGAUCGCACCUGUGAGAGUCCAGUUCGAGGAGCUCUGGACAGCAGCGGACCUGUUGCACUUCGUCCAGGAGCAGGUGGCCCGAUCCGCGGCACAUGACUUCCUCGGGUUCGAAAAGAUUUCCAAGCACUGCACACAGUGGCCGGGCGAGGCACGGUUCUUUGACUCCAUUGUUCAUCACCAGGACUGGGAAGACUUUGACACCAUGCCUUUUGCCGGAGGGACUUGCAAGGUGGAUAUAUCGAAUCCACAUGGAGAUGCUGCGCAUCCGAUAAAGCUUGUGUCGCUUGUUCGAGAUGGGCAAACGCACGUUGGAGUGGUCGGGAGUGAGAGGAAGGCUGCCUUCGUGCACGAGAUCCUUGAUGAGUUGGCUGCUACUGUCGAAGACUUGGCAGCUGGCCGGUCGGACAAAACACUGAAAGUGCUUGGGAAUCAAAACGGUGAGGAAGUUGAAGUUGCAAGUACAGGCGGACAGGAGGCGUCGGCAGAUGCGUAAUGUCUACGCCGAAAUGAAAGCGCUAUUCUGUGGCACCAUCGCUUAGACGUGCUGACAAACAUACAGCAAAUAUCCAGUAUACAUGAAAUUGCAUGCAGAUUUCGUUCCAUAUCUCAAAUCUCACCAAUACAUAUCGCAUGAUUUGCGAGUGCUUACUUGAACCGGCACGAUAAUGCUUUGUCGCUGCACAGCAAAUAGGGGUUUCUAC